AUGGAUAACGAUAUAUUGAUAACAAAUCAGCCGAUUGUCAUCGAUAAUGGCUCAGGUAUGACCAAAGCAGGUUUCGCAGGUGAUCCAAUACCGAAAGUUAAUUUUCCGAAUUAUGUCGGUCGACCGAAACAUGUGCGUGUCAUGGCUGGCGGUCUGGAAGGUGACAUAUUUAUUGGACCAAGAGCUGAAGAAUAUCGAGGAUUACUGAAUAUUGCUUAUCCAAUGGAGCAUGGGAUUGUAGAAGAUUGGAAUGAUAUGGAAAGAAUAUGGACUUACAUCUAUUCCAAAGAUCAACUGAGAUCGGCAUCAGAAGAACAUCCGGUGCUGUUGACAGAAGCACCAUUAAAUCCGAAAAGGAAUCGUGAGAAAGCAGCGGAAAUCUUCUUCGAAACAUUCAAUGCACCAGCUUUGUUCAUUUCUAUGCAAGCAGUUCUCAGUUUAUAUGCAAGUGGACGAACAACUGGUGUUGUUUUAGAUUCCGGAGAUGGUGUUACUCAUGCAGUGCCUAUUUACGAAGGAUUUGCUAUGCCACAUAGCAUACUUCGGAAUGAUGUUGCAGGUCGAGAUGUUACUCGAUAUUUGAAAUUAUUAUUGCAAAAAGAAGGUUGUCUCUUCAAAACAACAGCUGAAUUUGAAAUUGUUAAAAGUAUUAAAGAACGCGUGUGUUGCUUGACUCCAACUGCACAAAAAGAGGAAAUCAAUCAAGGUGAAAAGUCACAAUUCACCUUACCCGAUGGAACAACCAUUGAUCUUGGUUCGAGUCGUUAUCGUGCGCCAGAGGUUCUAUUCAAUCCUGAAUUGAUUGGCGAAGAAUGCGAAGGUAUACACGAGGUUCUAUCCGGUUCAAUUCAACGAUCUGAUAUGGAUUUACGACGGACUCUCUAUCAAAACAUUGUCCUGUCUGGUGGAUCGACCCUAUUUCGAGGUUUCGGUGAUCGUCUACUUGGUGAACUAAAACGAAUUGCGCCAAAGGAAGUUAAAAUAAAGAUAUCUGCUCCACGUGAACGGCUUUAUUCUACAUGGAUUGGUGGUUCGAUCUUAGCAUCGCUUGAUACAUUCAAAAAGAUUUGGGUGACAAAACGUGAAUAUGAUAACGAAGGUGCUCGAAUGAAUGAAAACACAGUCCAACGUCGCAAAAAUGUUCACAAGAAACACUCGUCGAACGAAGAUGAGACUACUACUAAAGCAAAACGAAAACAACGUCUGUCCAAAUCAUCGAAAACCGUAUCACCCAUUCGAAUAUGUGCACUACUGAUUAUUGGUCUUACGAUCCUAUUCAUUUUAUCUAAACUUUUAUUGAGGAAUAUUCACAUAGAACAUACGAAUGUUCCAAUUAACUUACCAAAACUUGUGAAUGUCAAUCGAUCGAUCUUCGACAGAUUUUGGGGAACUUAUAGAUCGAAUUUGUAUUUUGGACUAAAGCAUCGAAGUGCGCAAUCGUUGAGUGCAGGAUUGAUGUGGUUUGAUUACGGUACAUUACAAAAAUCACGUGAUCGAUUUUUUCGACAUUGGUGUGAUCAGAAUGAUCAGUUAAAGUACGGAUGGACCUAUCAUGAUGGAGAGAUGUUCGGAAUUGAAAACGUCACUGAUCACAAUUUACAAUUGAAAAUCGAAUGGAUGCGACAAAACAGCGGCGGACAUGGCGGCGACUGGACAACUCGAAUUAAUGCGUUACCGCAACCGAAUACUGUUUCCGUUCCUGUGUCUUUUUUCUUCUAUUUUCAUCACGAUCUCCCGUGGAUUACAUCGAUCUCUAAACAAUCACCGCAUGUUCUUACUAUUCAUGGUCAAACUAAUGAACUCGCCAAAUUCACAAUUAAAAUUCAAUUGAACACAUUGGUUCAUCAACCAAUUGUGCGUACGUUAACUGACGUCUUUCAACUCGAUACAAUUCAUCAACAUAUCCUUUCGAAAUUAUCUUCCAAUCGUCCUGAACAGCCUUUCUUCAUAUUGACUGAUCAAGUUUUCAAGUCAGCAGAGCACAACACAUUUUUCGUACAAAUAACUGUACCGAAGCUGUUAGUCAACGAAAAUUUUUCAUUUGAUAUUAUCUAUCAAUCGGAUUCAUCGGACGACGAACGUCAACAAGAUCUAACAGGCAAGUAUUUCAAUGAAGAAAUCCUGCGUUUACAACAAGAAUUUGAUUACCGUUUUGACAAUAUAUUUCAAUUAAAAAGUAAACCAAAUAUGACGGAGAAGAGAAUUGAUUUUGCUCGCUCAACAUUAAGUAAUCUUCUUGGUGGAAUCUCUUACUUCACUGGUCAAUCGUUGGUAGCUCAACCCAAUCAACAAACUCCAGAUAAAUAUUGGACGACAAAUUUGUAUACAGCUGUUCCAUCACGCUCGUUUUUUCCACGUGGUUUUCUUUGGGAUGAAGGCUUUCAUAAUCUUCUCAUUGCUCGAUGGAACGCGAAUAUCACAGUUGAUAUACUUUCGCAUUGGUUUGAUAUGUUAAAUGAUAACGGUUGGAUUCCUCGAGAAAUCAUUCUUGGCGAUGAAGCACGUGCUCGGGUUCCAUCGGAAUUCAUUGUGCAAUAUACAAGCAAUGCCAAUCCUCCGACAUUUUUUCUCACAAUUGAUUAUUUAUUAAGAACCAAUCGAAGUAGCCAGCUUUUCACAUUACCAUUUAUUCAACGUCUAGAAAAAUGGUAUCAGUGGUAUAAUCGAACACAAGUAGGUCCGAUUCCUUUUUCAUUUCGUUGGCGUGGUCGUAAUUCUUCAUCGAUAUUUGAACUUAAUCCCAAAACAUUGACAAGCGGUUUGGAUGAUUAUCCUCGUGCAUCACAUCCCACUAGUUCCGAACGUCAUCUCGAUUUACUUUGUUGGAUGACAUUAGCAUCUAAUGUUCUUGGUAAACUCUAUGCUAUUUUUGAUAAAAAACAAGCAAAUCACUAUUUAACAUACGCACAAUUGCUUUCAAAUAAUGAUUUACUAGAUCAAUUACACUGGUCGGAAGACGAUGGAAUGUACGCCGAUUAUGGAUUACAUACUGAUUAUGUUCAAUUGAAACAGGUGCUAAUGUCAAGUAAAUCACCAUCGCAACCAAGUCAACAAAAACAAAUGAUUCGACAGAUAAAGAACGAAACCGAUCUGCAAUUGAAAUAUGUUAAACAUUUCGGUUAUGUUUCUCUAUUUCCAUUAAUGACACGAAUACUAGAUCCACAAUCGAAGAAUCUUGAUAAGAUUCUAGAUGACCUACGAAAUUCAACGCUAUUAUGGACUCCGUAUGGUCUUCGAUCACUGGCACAAUCAAGUCCACUGUAUGCAGCAAGAAAUACCGAACACGAUCCACCGUAUUGGAGAGGUGCUAUUUGGAUCAAUAUGAAUUAUAUGGUUCUAUCUGCCUUGCAAUAUUAUGCGAAAAGUGCUAGUCCAUAUGCUGACAAAGCAAACGAGAUUUACCAUCAGUUACGUACAAAUCUCAUACGAAACAUGUUUCGUGUUUAUGAAAAAACAGGACAUGUUUGGGAACAAUAUGAUGAUCGUACUGGUAAUGGUAAAGGAAGUCAUCCGUUUACUGGUUGGUCAUCAUUAAUUGUACUGAUUAUGUCGGAAUUACAAGUAUUCAUCUGUGAUUCCUCAUGCAUUCGUAGUGAUAUAAACAACAUUCCGUUGUGCAAAAUUGAGAUCAGAUUUAAUUUGAAUUAUCAAUAUUUUCCAUGGCUAUUUCAGCCCGUCUUUUAUUAUUAA